AUGGUGGCAGCAUCUACGCAGGGCGGGGGGACUGGCGGUGGCAGAGGCAGCAGUGCUGGCGGUGGUCCCAGCUGCAGGACUGGCAGUGGCCACAGAGACUUGUGGGACAAGUGGAAGAUUGAUGAUAAGCCUGUAAAAAUUGACAAAUGGGAUGGAUCGGCUGUGAAGAAUUCUUUGGGUGAUUCUGCCAAAAAGAUCCUUCUGGAAAAGUACAAGUGUAUGGAGAAUUUUGGUCUGAUUGACGGUCACUUUACCAUCUGCACCAUCUUCUGUUUCUUUGCCAUAGUGGCUUUGAUUUGGGAUUAUAUGCACCCCUUUCCAGAAUCUAAGCCUGUUUUGGCCUUGUGUGUCAUAUCCUGUUUUGAGAUGACAGAGAUCCUGACCAUUUAUACUCGUAAGGAUAAGGCCCACAGGAAAGAUCCUAUAGGAAUGGAUCCUGAUUAUAUUUGGCAAUUGCCCUCCAGUCUCAAAAGGUUCAAUGACAAAUACAUUCUGAAGUUGACUUUCAUGAGUGGAAGAACAAAUCAGCAUCGAGAGUCUGAGUACAACAAGUCCAUGGCUAAGUUUUUUGACCACAGUGCAACACUGGUCAUGGAUGCAUACAAGCCUGAAAUAUCCAGGCUCCAUCACAUUCUUGCCACAGAAAGAAAAAUAAAGGGAUGCCUUGGUCGCUCAAUUGGUUAA